AUGGCAAAUAGAGGAUAUCAACUUUGUUUACAGACUGUGUGUGUGUGUGUGUGUGUGUGUGUGUGUAUCUGUGUGUGUGUGUGUGUGUGCAGGGGUGAGUUCGACAGUGAAGGAUCUCCUGACCUGUAUAAGGACCUCUAUCUGCAGGACAUUCACUGCGUCAGCUCUCUGUGUAAGGCGUAUUUCAGAGAGCUGCCCAACCCUCUGCUCACAUACGAGCUGUACGACCGCUUCGCCGACGCAGUGGCGAUUCAGCUGGAAGACGAGCGACUGGUGAAGAUUAAAGAGGUUCUGAAGGAUUUACCAGCUCUUCAUCACAGGACUCUGGAAUAUUUGAUGCGUCAUCUGGUCAAGAUGUCCACAUUCGCCUCUCAGACCAAUAUGCACGCCAGAAACCUGGCCAUCGUCUGGGCCCCAAACCUCCUCAGAUCGAAGGACAUUGAGUCGACCGGUUUUAACGGCACCGCGGCGUUCAUGGAGGUUCGGGUUCAGUCCAUCGUGGUGGAGUUUAUUCUCACUCACGUGGCCGAGGUUUUCUCAGGAAGCGGAUUGUCUGUGGAGCGCCGGAAGUCCCUCCCAUCUCCCUCAAUACUGUCCACUCAGGACGAUCAUUUAUUCAAGUCUUUACCGUUACACUGUCCAGGAAACCUCAGUCCAGGAGACGGACCUCCGCCAAUGCGGCCGUACCACGCUAUUAUUGACGGCACUGACAAGAGGAAGGGCUCCCUCAAAGGAAGGAAGUGGAGAUCCAUCUUUAAUUUGGGCGGGAGACUCCAAGAUCAGCGCAAGAAGAACAAAUACUGUCCUAAAGAUAAAGAAAAGACAGCUCUGAGGCCGGCGAAGAGCAUGGAAACUCUGAGCUCAGGUCCUUAUGCACUAGAGGAUUCCAAACAUCCUCCUCCUCUGGUUCUGUCCACGGUGUCAGGCAGCUCAGAGGGCAUGGCUUCUGCCGGCGGGGGCGUGUCCAGUGGAUACGCGGUGACCUACAGGCGAACGGGCGGAGCUCAGGUCAGCAUGGUGAGUGGAGGGACUCCAGGAACUUAUAACCGUCUGGAGUCUGGGGGAGGAGCCGAGGGCGUGUCUCAGGGCGUGGCCAGAUCGCCCGGAAUGACCAGCAAAGCAGACCGGCGCGCCGGGAUACACAUAUCAGGGCCAUUUUCAGUGACCGUCCCGCUUCAUAUAACGUCUGGACUGGCUCUGGGUGUCCUGCACGGUGGCUGGAACGAUAAGGAACAACCCCUACAAGGAGACGAAGCAGAAGAUGAGGACGUUAAGAGCAUAGAGACAGAGUCCACAGAUGGGAAUCCACAGAGCAAAAAUUAUAAUGUUCAAGAGAGGGAAAGAGAAACCAAUAGUUAUGUGGAAAGUCAGGUGGAUUGUGGGAAGGAUAUGGCAGAGCUUACAAGAAACGAGAACAAUGUGCCAGAAAAAGGAGACUCACCGUGUGGCAAAGAAGCAGAGAAAGAAAAUCUGAGUCAGAAUCAAGAGUCUAUGAAGGAAAAUGUAAAAGACACACAACCACAAAACAAAGAGGAAACCACAGAAGAGGAUUACGUGGAAAUGAGAGGAAACCUCCAUCAGGAACCCAUCAGUCCGCACUACUACGAGGGCAUGGAGUUUCCAGACCCGGAUCUGCCACUUGAUUUCCAGGAAGCUUUCGGGUUCUUGGAUUUGAUGGACAGCUGUGCUGCAAACCCGGUUGAGUUCUCAGUCGAGGCGCCUUGUUUUGAGAACGAAUAUGAGGAAGAGGAGGAUGAAAACAAGGACAAUCAGGCCGAUUCCUGUCCAUCGCAAAACUGCACUAAUGAGCAUCAAACACCUGCAGCCAAAAGCAGCAGCCCUUCCUUCACACACAGGCCUCUUCCUGGAAAAUCACACAGCCUGCCGUAUAAGUCCCGACCCUUCCUGCCGGCCCCGUCAUUAUCCUCAGAUGACGAGUACAGCCCUGCUGAUGAUGAUGAGUCUGAUAAAGGUUCUGAAUAUGAGGACAUGUUUUGUCAGAGUCUCCCAGCCUGUCGGGAUUAUCAGGGACUGUCUUGGUUGAGUCCACAAACCACCGCUGGCUCGUCUACUAGCAACGACGUAGAUCUUCACACUAGUAACCAAUCAAACGCACUUCCUCCAGAGAACAAUAAUGAUGCGCAAUCCAUCGACCAAUCAGAAGACGCGAUUCCUGCAGCUUCUGCAUCGACAGACAGACGUGAACCCGCUUUUGAUCCAUCUCUUUGUGAAGAACAUCUCAGUUCAGCUGUAUUAAAGACAGAUGAAGUGCGUAUGGAUGAAAAGAAGAAUGACGAGAGAGAAUCAAAAAACGCACUUCCUCCAGAGAACAAUAAUGAUGCACAAUCCAUCGACCAAUCAGAAGACGCGAUUCCUGCAGCUUCUGCAUCGACAGACAAUAGUGAACCCGCUUUUGAGCCACUGCUUAGUGAAGAACAUCUCAGUUCAGAUGCAUUGAAGGCAGAUGAAGUGUGUGUGGAUGAAAAGAAGAAUGAAGACAGACAUUCAAAGGAUGUGGAGAAUGAUAAACACACACUGAUAGGAGAAGAUGAUCCAAAGAGUGAAGCCAGUGAAGAAGACACUUAUUUUGGACCGGACUCGAUUCCUUCUUCACCAGAACCCGACCAAACUGAGACCGACGGCACCAGCGUUCCUGAGCCCAUCCCAGCACUGUCUCCAGCUGAAGAUGCUCAGCAGGUGCUGGAUGCUGACGGUUACCAUGGUAACAGUGAGGUAACCAUCACAGAUGAGCUCAAGGAUGCAGACCGCGUCUCGCUGACUCCUCAAGACCAACCACCAGAGGAACAAACACUAAUUAUAAACCAAACAAAGACCGAAGAGGGUCAAAAGGAGGAGGAUGAGAAGACUGAAGAAACUAUGAAAGAAACUAUGAAAGUUGUGAGGAAUAUGGAGGAAAAUGAAGGAGAAGAGUGUGAGGACAGCAACAAAACAGAUGCAGGUGAAGGAAAGAGUGAAGAUGUUGAGGAAGAUGCAAAAGCUGGAUCUGUAGAGGAAUGUAGUGAUGGGAACGGAGAACAAAAACAAGUGAACACGACUGAAAGAAAACAAGAUUUAGAUGAAAAUAGUGGAGAUUGUGAGGAAAAUGCAAAAGAUGGACCUAAAGAAGAAGCCAAAAGACACGAUUUAGAGAAAAACAGUGGAGAAUGUGAAGAAGGAGAUGAAGGACAUGCAAAAGAAGAAGAACAAGAAGCUAAAAGACAAGAAGAUUUAGAGGGAAAUAGUGGAGAAUCUGAGAGGGUAGAUGAGGAACUUACAAAAGAAGGAGAACAAGACAAAAACGAAGCUGAAAGAAAAGAAGAUUUAACAGAAAAUAAUGGAGAAUGUGAGGAAAAUGCAAAUGAUGGACCUAAAGAAGGAGAACAAGACAGAAACGAAGCUGAAAGACAAGAAGAUUUCGAGGAAAAUAGUGAAGAAAAUGUAAAAGAUGGAUCAAAAGAAGAAGCCAAACAAGAUUUAGAGAAAAACAGUGGAGAAUGUGAAGAAAUAGAUGAGGAGCAUACAAAAGAAGGAGAACAAGACCAAAACAAAGCUGAAAGACAAGAAGAUUUAGAUGAAAAUAGUGGAGAUUGUGAGGAAAAUGCAAAAGAUGGACCUAAAGAAGAAGCCAAAAGACAAGAUUUAGAGAAAAACAGUGGAGAAUGUGAAGAAAUAGAUGAGGAACAUGCAAAAGAAGAAGAACAAGAAGUUAAAAAUUCAAAGGAGAAUAAUGGAGAAUCUGAGAGUGUAGAUGAGGAGCAUACAAAAGAAGGAGAACAAGACCAAAACAAAGCUGAAAGACAAGAAGAUUUAGAGGAAAGCCGUGAAGGAAACUCUGAGGAGGACGUGAACGUAAAAACAGAAAGUUCUGCUGAGGGAGAUCUUUCUCCUGAAGGUGGAGAUGAUCCGGAAAAGUCCACACUCGUGCAGCGUCCAGACAAGAUGCAACACGAACAAACUGAAAGCAAAGAGGCGCCUCGCAAACGUUCUCCACGCAAAGCUGCGAAUGCCACGAAAGCGGUUCCUGCCGUCCCUCCCAGACCUCAGACCUCCAAACUCACAGCGUUCACGCUCAGAAAACAGCUUCAGCACCGACAACACGAUGAUAAAGCAGCGCAAGCCGACCAAGAACACGCAGCGGAAACUAAAACGGCACACAGAGACGAGGACGAAAGCGCAGAGAUCGACACCGAGGGUCCCGGAGAGAGACGAGAAGCAUGGGACGGUGGAGCGGAUCGCAGGAGAGACGCAGACAGAGAGGCCAAGAGGAACAGCGGCAUCAGCAUGUGCUUCGAUGAAGCUGUGGCUCGAGCCACGGAGAAGAGGAGCCGAGAGAGAGAAAGCACAGAGAGACUGUCUGGAGUGCAGUUGGACAGAGAGAGCCAGAAAGACGGGAAAACUGACUGACUUGUAAAAUAUUACGUGCAAAAUAAAGGGUUCACAUUUUCUUUCAAUAUACUAAUUUUCAC